CCACAUUUUUCAAAUGCUAUUUAUGCCACUAUCUAGACUACAAAUACCUUACUUCUCUGGAACCACCAAGUGAUCAACAAACAAUAACUACAUUCUAGAAAGAAAAUGAGGUGAAACAAAUUGAACAAAAAUAAAUUUCAGUAAAUCUCGACCUAUAUUUGUGAAAACAGCCUGAAGAAAAAAACACACAAACAUGUCAGUUUCAUUAUCACCUCAUCAUGUGGUUCUCUUCCCUUACAUGUCAAAGGGCCACACCAUCCCUCUCCUCCAAUUCGCCCGUCUCCUCCUCCGUCACCGCCGUGUCAUCUCCUCCUCCAACAAAGACACCAAAGAACCAUCAAUUUCCGUCACAGUCUUCACCACCCCACAAAACCAACCAUUCGUCUCAAACUUCCUCUCCGACGUCACAUCAUCCAUCAAAAUAAUCUCUCUCCCUUUCCCUGAAAACAUCGCCGGAAUCCCUCCCGGCGUAGAAAGCACCGACAAGCUCCCGUCCAUGUCGCUCUACGUGCCUUUCACGCGUGCAACCAAAUCUCUCCAGCCUCUCUUCGAAGAAACGCUUAAGAAUCUUCCACAAGUCACGUUCAUGGUCUCGGAUGUGUUCUUAUGGUGGACAUUGGACUCCGCCGCUAAGUUCGAGAUCCCGAGAUUCGCCUUCUCCGGCAUGAACUCAUAUUCACUGGCUAUAUGCUCCUCUGUAUCCGUACACCAACUCUUUACCAAACCGGGAAAUGUUAAAUCCGAUACCGAACCGGUUACUGUACCGGACUUCCCGUGGAUCCAGGUUAAGAAGUGCGACCUCGUCCCGGUUUGCUUCGAACCGGAUCAAUCAGGUCCAGAGUUCGAGCUACUCGUGGACCAGUUAGUGUCUACGGAGAAAAGCCGUGGAGUUAUAGUGAAUAGUUUUUACGAACUCGAGUCAAAGUUCGUUGACUAUCGGGUGGGAUUUGAAGGUGAGCCCAAGCCGUGGUGUGUUGGGCCUUUGUGCUUGGUGAACCCUCUUAAACCGGAAAGUGAUAAACCGAGUUGGAUUGCAUGGUUGGACCGGAAGCGAGAGGAAAGCUGUCCGGUUUUGUACGUGGCGUUUGGAACACAGGCUGAGAUAUCGACAGAGCAGCUCAAGGAAAUAGCCUUAGGCUUGGAAGAUUCCAAGGUAAGCUUCUUGUGGGUCACAAGAAUGGACGUGGAAGAAAUGACUGGAGAAUUAGGGUUCAAGAAGAGAGUGAAAGAGCAUGGGAUGAUUGUUAAUGAUUGGGUGGACCAAUGGGAGAUACUGUCACAUGGAAGUGUGAAAGGGUUUUUAAGCCAUUGCGGAUGGAACUCCGCGCAAGAGAGUAUCUGCGCCGGAGUUCCGGUGCUGGCUUGGCCAAUGAUGGCCGAGCAGCCACUCAAUGCUCAGUUGGUCGUGGAGGAGCUAAAGAUUGGAGUUAGAAUCCAAACAGACGAUGGAACUCUCAAAGGGUUCGUGUCAAGAGAAGAAGUUAGUCGAAAGGUUGAAGAGUUGAUGGAAGGAGAGACAGGGAAGACUAUGAGGAAGAAUGUGAAAGAGUAUGCAGAAAUGGCGAGAAAAGCUUUGGGUCAAGGAACUGGUUCGUCUUGGAAGAAUUUGAAUUCGCUUCUUGACGAGCUAUGCCACAGUGUAGAAACAAAUGAUGUUAAUAAGCUGUCAAGCUGGUAACAUUAUUGUGCUUCUGAGUGAUCUAAUAGGGAGUUUGGAUGCAAAAUAAUAUCUGAUAUGAGAAAAAGAUAAUACAAUAUAACAUUACAGUUUAAGAACAAUGCACUUUUUUACUCUACACUCUUUUGCUAUAUCUAA